AUCUCGCGAUCUUUGGGAAGUUCCGUUGCGGAAGAUGGCGGCGGCCGCGAGCACCUUUCUCUUUUUGCCGCCGGGGACUUCAGACUGAACCUUUCCGGGUAGAGUGGGGACUGCAGGUGCCCACGCGUCCCGGGAGCUCGAGCCAACCUGGUUUCCUUGCCAGGGUUGAGGAAAGGCUUGUCCUCUAGUGGUGGCCCCGGGCCCUCACCACUGUCAGGAUGAAGGCUCAGGGCGAAACCGAGGAGUCGGAAAAACUGAAUAAGAUGAGUUCCCUCUUGGAAAGGCUCCAUGCAAAAUUUAACCAAAAUCGACCUUGGAGUGAAACCAUUAAGCUUGUGCGGCAAGUCAUGGAGAAGAGGGUUGUGAUGAGUUCUGGAGGCCAUCAACAUUUGGUCAGCUGUUUGGAGACAUUGCAGAAGGCUCUUAAAGUAACAUCUUUACCAGCAAUGACUGAUCGUUUGGAGUCAAUAGCAAGACAGAAUGGACUGGGCUCUCAUCUCAGUGCCAGUGGCACUGAAUGUUACAUCACGUCAGAUAUGUUCUAUGUGGAAGUGCAGUUAGAUCCUGCAGGACAGCUUUGUGAUGUAAAAGUGGCUCACCAUGGGGAGAAUCCUGUGAGCUGUCCAGAGCUUGUCCAGCAGUUAAGGGAAAAAAAUUUUGAUGAAUUUUCUAAGCACCUUAAGGGCCUUGUUAAUCUGUAUAACCUUCCUGGAGACAACAAACUGAAAACUAAAAUGUACUUGGCUCUUCAGUCUCUAGAACAAGAUCUAUCAAAAAUGGCAGUUAUGUACUGGAAAGCAACUAAUGCUGGUCCUUUGGAUAAGAUUCUUCAUGGAAGUGUUGGCUAUCUCACUCCAAGGAGUGGUGGUCAUUUAAUGAACUUGAAGUAUUAUGCUUCUCCUUCUGACCUUCUGGAUGAUAAGACUGCAUCUCCUAUCAUUCUGCAUGAGAAUAAUGUUCCUCGAUCUUUGGGCAUGAAUGCAUCAGUGACAGUUGAAGGAACAUCUGCUAUGUAUAAACUCCCAAUUGCACCAUUAAUUAUGGGGUCACAUCCAGCUGACAACAAAUGGACUCCAUCCUUCUCUGCAAUUACCAGUGCCAACAGUGUUGAUCUUCCUGCCUGUUUCUUCUUGAAAUUUCCUCAGCCAAUUCCAGUAUCUAGAGCAUUUGUUCAGAAGCUGCAGAACUGCACGGGAAUUCCAUUGUUUGAAAGCCAACCAACUUAUGUCCCCCUAUAUGAACUGAUCACUCAGUUUGAGCUGUCAAAGGAUCCUGAUCCCAUACCUUUGAAUCACAACAUGCGAUUUUAUGCUGCUCUUCCAGGUCAGCAGCACUGCUACUUCCUCAACAAGGAUGCUCCCCUUCCUGAUGGCCGCAGUCUCCAGGGAAUACUUGUCAGCAAAAUCACCUUUCAACACCCUGGCCGAGUUCCUCUCAUUCUAAAUAUGAUCAGACACCAAGUGGCCUAUAACACCUUAAUUGGAAGCUGUGUCAAAAGAACUAUUUUGAAAGAAGAUUCUCCUGGGCUUCUCCAGUUCGAAGUGUGUCCUCUCUCAGAGUCCCGUUUCAGUGUAUCUUUUCAGCACCCUGUGAAUGACUCCCUGGUGUGUGUGGUUAUGGAUGUGCAAGACUCGACACAUGUGAGCUGUAAACUCUACAAGGGUGUGUCAGAUGCGCUCAUCUGCACAGAUGACUUCAUUGCCAAAGUCGUUCAAAGGUGUAUGUCCAUCCCUGUGACGAUGAGAGCUAUUCGGAGGAAGGCUGAAACCAUUCAGGCUGACACCCCAGCACUCUCCCUCAUUGCAGAAACAGUUGAAGACAUGGUGAAAAAGAACCUGCCCCCGGCUAGCAGCCCAGGGUAUGGCAUGACCACAGGCAACAACCCAAUGAGUGGUACCACUACACCAACCAACACCUUUCCGGGGGGUCCCAUUACCACCUUGUUUAAUAUGAGCAUGAGCAUCAAAGAUCGGCAUGAGUCGGUGGGCCAUGGGGAGGACUUCAGCAAGGUAUCUCAGAACCCAAUUCUUACCAGUUUGUUGCAAAUCACAGGGAACGGGGGGUCUACCAUUGGCUCGAGUCCGACCCCUCCUCAUCACACGCCGCCACCUGUCUCUUCGAUGGCCGGCAACACCAAGAAUCACCCGAUGCUCAUGAACCUUCUUAAAGAUAAUCCUGCCCAGGAUUUCUCAACCCUUUAUGGAAGCAGCCCUUUAGAAAGGCAGAACUCCUCUUCUGGCUCACCCCGGAUGGAUAUGUGCUCGGGGAGCAACAAAACCAAGAAGAAGAAGUCAUCAAGAUUACCACCUGACAAACCAAAGCACCAGACUGAAGAUGACUUUCAGAGGGAGCUAUUUUCAAUGGAUGUUGACUCACAGAACCCUAUCUUUGAUGUUAAUAUGACAGCUGACACGCUGGAUACACCACACAUCACUCCAGCUCCAAGCCAGUGUAGCACUCCCCCAACGACUUAUCCACAACCAGUACCUCAUCCCCAACCCAGUAUUCAAAGGAUGGUCCGGCUGUCCAGUUCAGACAGCAUUGGCCCAGAUGUAACUGAUAUACUUUCCGAUAUUGCAGAAGAAGCCUCUAAGCUUCCUAGCACUAGCGAUGAUUGCCCUCCCAUCGGUACCCCUGUACGAGAUUCUUCAAGUUCUGGGCAUUCUCAGAGUGCCCUGUUUGACUCUGAUGUCUUUCAAACUAAUAAUAAUGAAAACCCAUACACGGACCCAGCUGACCUUAUUGCAGAUGCUGCCGGAAGCCCCAGCAGUGACUCCCCUUCCAAUCACUUUUUUCCUGAUGGAGUAGAUUUCAAUCCUGAUUUAUUGAAUAGCCAGAGCCAAAGUGGUUUUGGAGAAGAAUAUUUUGAUGAAAGCAGCCAAAGUGGGGACAAUGAUGAUUUCAAAGGAUUUGCUUCUCAGGCACUAACUUUGGGGGUGCCAAUGCUUGGAGGUGAUAAUGGGGAGACCAAAUUUAAAGGCAAUACCCAAGUUGACACUGUUGAUUUCAGUAUUAUAUCAGUUGCUGGGAAGGCUUUGGGAGCUGCAGAGCUCAUUGAGCAUCACAGUGGUAGCCAGAGUCCUUUAUUAACUACUGGAGACUUAGGGAAAGAAAAGACUCCAAAGAGGGUGAAGGAAGGCAACGGCACCAGCAGUAGCAGUCUGUCAGGCCCAGGGUCAGACAGCAAGCCAGGAAAGCGCAGCCGGACCCCUUCUAAUGACGGGAAGAGCAAGGAUAGGCCUCCCAAGCGGAAGAAGGGGGACACUGAGGGCAGGUCCCCAUCUCACAGUUCUAACCGGCCCUUUACGCCACCUACCAGUACAGGCGGGUCCAGAUCUCCAGGCAGUGCAGGAAGGUCUCAGACACCUCCAGGUGUCACCACACCGCCCAUUCCCAAAAUCACUAUUCAGAUUCCUAAGGGGACUGUGAUGGUGGGCAAGCCCUCCUCGCACAGUCAGUAUACCAGCAGUGGUUCUGUGUCCUCCUCAGGCAGUAAAAGCCACCAUAGCCAUUCUUCCUCCUCAUCUUCCUCAUCUUCCGCUUCCACCUCAGGCAAGAUGAAAAGCAGUAAAUCAGAAGGCUCCUCCAGCUCCAAGCUAACAAGCAGUGUCUAUUCCAGCCAGGGAUCUUCUGGAUCAAGUCAGUCCAAAAAUUCAUCCCAGUCUGGAGGGAAGCCAGGCUCCUCCCCCAUUACUAAGCACGGACUGAGCAGUGGCUCUGGCAGCACCAAGAUGAAACCUCAGGGGAAGCCAUCAUCACUUAUGAAUCCUUUAAGUAAACCGAACAUCUCCCCGUCUCAUUCAAGGCCUCCUGGAGCCUCUGAUAAGCUGGCCUCUCCAAUGAAGCCUGUUCCUGGGACUCCUCCCACCUCAAAAGCCAAGUCCCCUAUCAGUUCAGGUUCUGGUGGUUCUCACAUGUCUGGAACCAGUUCAGGCUCUGGCAUGAAGUCAUCUUCAGGGUUAGGAUCCUCAGGCUCAUUGUCCCAGAAAACUCCCCCAUCGUCUAAUUCUUGCACAGCAUCAUCUUCGUUUCCCUCAAGUGGCUCUUCAAUGUCAUCUUCUCAAAACCAGCAUGGGAGUUCUAAAGGGAAAUCUCCCAGCAGAAAUAAGAAGCCGUCCUUGACAGCUGUCAUAGAUAAACUGAAGCAUGGGGUUGUCACAGGCGGUCCUGGGGGGGAAGAUGCGAUGGAUGGUCAGAUGGGAGUGAGUGCAAAUUCUGCUAGCCAUCUCAUGUCCUCCAAACAUAACAUGUCAGGAGGAGAGUUCCAGGGCAAGCGUGAGAAGAGUGAGAAAGACAAAUCAAAGGUUUCUACUUCUGGGGGCUCUGGGGAUUCUUCUAAGAAGACCUCAGAGUCAAAAAAUGUGGGGAGCACAGGUGUGGCAAAAAUUAUCAUCAGCAAGCAUGAUGGGGGCUCCCCCAGCAUUAAAGCCAAAGUGACUUUGCAGAAACCUGGGGAAAGCAGUGGGGAAGGGCUCAGGCCACAGAUGGCCUCCUCCAAAAACUACGGUUCUCCGCUGAUCAGUGGUUCCACUCCAAAGCAUGAACGUGGCUCUCCCAGCCACAGUAAGUCACCAGCCUAUACCCCCCAGAACCUGGACAGUGAAAGUGAGUCAGGUUCUUCUAUAGCAGAGAAGUCUUACCAGAACAGUCCCAGUUCAGAUGACGGCAUCCGACCACUUCCAGAGUACAGCACAGAAAAACAUAAGAAGCACAAAAAGGAAAAGAAGAAAGUCAAAGACAGAGACAGAGACCGGGACAAAGAUAGAGACAAAAAAAAGUCUCACAGCAUCAAGCCAGAGAGUUGGUCCAAAUCGCCCAUCUCUUCAGACCAGUCUUUGUCUAUGACAAGUAACACAAUCCUAUCUGCAGAUCGGCCCUCAAGGCUCAGCCCUGACUUUAUGAUUGGGGAGGAAGAUGAUGAUCUUAUGGAUGUGGCCUUGAUUGGCAAUUAGGAACCUUGUUUUCUAAAGAUAUAUGGCCAGAGAAGAAACUGUUGAUAAAUUUAUAUGUAAACCAACACAAGGCACGAGUCAGUCAGGUCUGAUUUAUGUUUUAAGAAUCCAAAAGGCGUGGCUUUAACAAGCUGGUUGAAUUCAGAAACAUGUAUCCAGACCCUACUGAAGAGACCACAGGGUUAGAUUCUGGCUAUCAAAAAUUCUUUACUCCUUUGUCAGAAAGAAAAUGUUUAAAAAAAUCCUUAAGAAUGGGGGGAGGGAUGGGAAAGGGAAAGAGAGGGAAGGGUGGGAAAACAGUUUUGUGGGAAAUAUUCAUAUAUAUUUUUCCUCCCUUUUUCCACUUUCAGGCCAUGUUUUAAACUCAUUUUAGUGCAUGCAUUUGAAGGGCUGGGCAGCAAAUGAAAAAGCAAUACGUUCCUUGAUGCAUUUGCAUGAAGGUUGUUCACCUCUGUUUGGGUAAUUGUCCAUUUGAGGCAUGGGCAAAAGAAGGACUUGGGUCAUUUUGGACACUUCAGCAAUGUUUGGUGUUUAUUUCUUAGGAGUGACUGGGGGAAGGAAGAUUUUUAGCUAUUUAUUUGUAAUAUUUUAACCCGUAUGUUUGUUUUUAUUUGUUUCUUUCUAAAUCUAUGAGGUUUAGGGUUCAAAACAGUGGGAGGUGGAAAAGCAAGGCUUAUUUGUUGGUAGGGCACUUGCAGCUUGUGCUGAUAUGUAGUAGCAUCCAGCCCAAGCAGGUUAGAGCCCGCCUUUGGAGUCAAAUGGAAAAACCAAACUGAUAUUUUAGCAAGUUUUUCAUAGGUUUCAGACAUAGGAAUAUUAGUAAUUAUUUCCCUGUGGAGGUAUCGAUUUAUACUGUUGUUUUUCUUUUUAAAAAGCUAGGGUGGCUACCUGGGAUGUAAGCAUGUUUUUAGAUGCAGUAAGAUGUGACAGGGGGAUAGCCUUCCUGACCCAGUGGCAUGAGAACCAUUACAGAAUUGACAGUUCUCCUGUUUCCACAAUGUGCCAAAAGUCCACAUCCCAGCAUUUAGUUUGCAGGAGAACUGAUGCCAUUCCUAAAAGCUGAGCUCUUUGUUUCUCUUCUACAAAGGAGGAGGAGUUCAGACUUUUAUCACUCCACUGUAUGCUCCCUGGGAUAAAAUAGUAAAAAAAUCAGCAGCCAUAGUUCACUUAAAACACUUUCAAGCUCACUUGAAGUAAUGGGGGCCUGGAAGGCUAGGUGAGCUUGAAGAUAAACCCUUGCUACUAUGUAGCAACACAAUUGGACCUUUUUGGAGAAACAGGUCUGAUUCUGGAUUCUGCAAGACAUCAAGGAUAAGCCUUUCUUACAAACAUUGAAGUCCAGGAGACCAUUUUGAGUGCAACGGAAGUUCUCAGUAUUUGGAGGGUCCUCUCAAAAUUCUGCGGCCUUAUUUUGAUUUUGACACCUGCACUGUGCCAUUCCUGAUGAUUCUAUUCAGGAUCUUAUCAGCAGAGCGGGACAGAGUCCCCAGCACAACUCUUCUGGAUUCAAAACAAAACAAAACAAAAAACACCACUAGGUGAUUGGUGUGUGUGUGUGUGUCAUAAGUGGAGUGACUUCAUUAGAUACGGAAAAGAGUUCUAUAUUCACCUUUCUGCAGGUUGGAGUUAGUAUAGGGUUGGAAUAUCCUCCUUGGCUUCCUUUCCUGCCUCUCAUGUCCUGCAGUGUUCUUCCUUUUCUGGUCAUCAGCUCUUAACAACUCCGCCACUUUUGUGUCUCGAGGUAUUAAGAAGUAGGAAGCGCAGCAUUACAAAGUGGAGCAAAAACAGUUAUCAGUUACCAUAUCAGAGUCAAAUGUCUUGGGUGACACUGAGGAAGACAUGGGCAAGGUGACACCGGAGUGCUUUAUCUUAUGGUGCUGAUAUAGUAGCAGCCUCUCAGACAUACAAACAGGUUGGAUUUCUUACAAGUUUGUCAACUAGUUCUGAGUCCUAUCCCAUUGGUUUCUGCAAGAAAUUUUAAAAGUUACGUGGUUUUAAAGUUUGUUCUUGGUGGGAAAACAUGUGGGGGAAUGUACUGCAUAGUAUCAGGGGCUCAGCUCCCCCAAGCAGAGCCAACAAAUACCAAAAUAAGUAAACUGGGAAGCUUUUUCUCUCUUUCUGUCUUCAUCCCAGAUCAGAGAAUCCCAAGUUAGGAUCUGGAUGAAGGAUAAGCCUGAAUUGUCGAUGGGCACACCCCACACUCUGACCCAGCAUCUGAACUUGCUUAACAGGGAGCCGGGGCUAAACUGCUUCACCCUGCCUGAGAACCAGGGAGCACUGCAUUUCUUCACAGGGUGGAGGAAAAGAGGCAGAAUAACCAAGCCUGGGACACCUCCCUCCUGUCUCAUUGUAUUCAUUCUACCGUUUCAAAAAACGGCAAAGACGUGAGGUCAACUUCUGCCUACCUUCUGCUGCUGGUGUCUUAGUUUGACCUGAUUCCUCUUAUCUUUUGGCUUCAUGUUAGGGGUUCUUGAUCAAAAUCUGCUCUGAUGUACAUGAAGAUUUCAGAUUCGAAUUCAGAGUAUCUUAAAACAAGUAUUGUCAUGGGGGUGGGGGGUGCUGAAAGAUACAAUUGCCAAAGCCAGGCUUGAGGUUGGUGACUCUUCAGAAGGAUUUUCCUUUCUCAGGCCUAGAUGUGAAAAAUCUAGUGCAGCAAUAUCAUGAAUUUUCAUGAGAAACCCUUCCAGGGAGCCUGUGAGUCAUGCAGUAUCCAAGUGAGUCACAGAAAGCAGAUGUCAGUAUAGAAAACAUUGCUCACAAUCCAUGGGCAGUCUCACUUCAUUUCCAUCCCUGACUCCUGCCCAUUUACUUCCAUCCUUGUGUUUUUUGAGGGGCAGAAGUACUUAAUAAUCUCAGAGGCUAGGUUGGGAAACAUGCUCAUCUACAAGAUCUGAGUUCUAAAUUUUGAGUUUCAAAGUGCACAUCAGGAGCAGUGGAGUGGGUCUUUCUAAAAAAAGUCUCAAAUUUGAUUUUCUGUGUGUAUGGCCGUUCUGUAAAUACUUUGGGAUUUUUCAUUUUUUUUUUUUGAACGUGGACAAAACCCGUGGGGUUUUUCCCCAAAAAACAUUAUAAAAACUUUAUUUACAUGCAAAUAAACUUCUUUGAUAAAAAGUAA